AUGUCGCUGCGAUGUCUACGUGACCAGAUGGGGCUGGUUGGUCAGGAGCCGACUCUGUUUAGUGGCACCAUCGCUGAGAAUAUUUUGCUUGGUACCACCGGCAAGACAAUGGAUGACGUACGCGAAGCGUGUCGCAUGGCCAAUGCACAAGGCUUUAUCGAAGCAACACCGAAGGGUUAUGGUACAGAAGUUGGUGAACGAGGAGCUCAGUUGUCUGGUGGCCAAAAGCAGCGCAUAGCUAUUGCCAGAGCAUUGGUGCGCUGCCCGAAAAUACUGCUACUUGAUGAGGCAACCAGUGCUUUAGAUGCAAACAGCGAACGGGCGGUUCAACAAGCCCUGGAUGUUGCAAGUAGUGGGCGGACAUGUAUUAUCGUUGCGCAUCGUCUUUCAUCAAUUCAGCACGCCGAUCAGAUAUUUUUCAUCGAAAAUGGCAAGGUUAUUGAACAGGGAACACAUCAGGAGCUCAUUGAACUGGAUGGCAAAUACGCUGAUCUGAUCCGGAAACAGGACCUGAAAUCACAUUAG